UCCAGUACAACCAAACAUAAUGUAAAAGGUUCUAAUGAGAAGAAGAUGUGGCUAAACUUAAACCUGUAAACACAUAUCCCUAGACCAUUUUGCCUUAACAUGCCCAACACCUCCCUUGGGAAAAAUACACCUGUUCCCCUUAGAGUUCUGAACAGUGUCACUUUAAUUGCGGUUUCUCAUAUAGAACAAAAACAGAGAGAUCUAUUCCGUGAUUCAAUGGCUUCAAGCUCGUCAUCUUGUUCUUCUUCUAUUUUUUCUACCAGCCAAUGGACGUAUGAUGCCUUCCUGAGUUUCAGUGGCGAGGACACCCGCAUGCAUCUAUUCCGUGAUUCAAUGGCUUCAAGCUCGUCAUCUUGUUCUUCUUCUAUUUUUUCUACCAACCAAUGGACGUAUGAUGUCUUCCUGAGUUUCAGUGGCGAGGACACCCGCAAUACUGCUACAGACUUUAUAUAUUUUGCUUUAAAACAGAAGGGCAUUCAUACUUUUAAGGAGGAUGAAAAACUUAAGAAAGGAAAAGCUAUUGAAUCAGAGCUCUUCAAAGCAAUAAAAGAAUCCAGAUUUGCUGUGGUCAUUCUCUCAAAAAAUUAUACGUCUUCAACUUGGUGCUUAAACGAACUUGUAGAGAUCAUUGCCCGUGAAAAAAUGGGAAUGACAAUUCUGCCUAUUUUUUACAACGUGGAUCCAUCUGAUGUGCGGAAACAAAAGGGAACUUUUGCGCAACCUUUUGAUGAAUAUGAGAAACAAUUUGAGGAGAAGGUGGGCACAUGGAGAGAUGCUUUGAAACAUGCGGCCAAUAUUGCCGGAUAUCAUGUAGAUAAUAGCCCUCUCUCAGACGUUGUCAAAAGCAUCGUGCCAUUGAUAUCACGUAACUCAAGUUGUACAUUCUCAGAAGUUACCGAAGGCCUGGUAGGAAUAGACUCUCGAGUGGUGGUGGAAUUGGGGUCAUGUUUAGCUUUAGGGUUAGACGAUGAUGUUUGCUUUAUAGGGAUUUGGGCAAUGGGGGGAAUGGGCAAGACAACCCUUGCUAGAGUUGCCUAUAAGAUGGUUUCUAAAAAAUUUGAAGCUUGUUGUAUUAUUUAUAAUGUUAGGGAAAAAUGUGAAACAGCUGGCGGUUUACUUUCACUACAAAAAUAUCUUAUUUCUUAAAUUUCAAAAGAAACAAAUUUGAAUAUAGAAGAUGUUUAUGACGGAGUUCACAUGAUCAAGAAAAGGUUAAGUCAUAAAAGGAUUCUUCUUGUUCUUGAUGAUGUAGAUGAAUCAAACAAGUUAAAAAUGUUAGUUAGGAAGAGUAAUUGGUUUGGUCCGGGCAGUAUAAUUAUCAUAACAACAAGAAAUAAGCAAUUGUUAAAGGAAUUUCCAGUAGAUGAAAUAUAUGAAGUUAAAUCAUUGAACUAUAAAGAUGCCCUUCGUCUUUUUUGUUCGAAUGCAUUUAAAAGAGAACCCAUCCCAAAUGAAUAUUUAGAACUGACCAAAGAUUUUUUAGAAUAUGUUGGUGGUCUUUUUUUAGCUCUUGAAGUUUUGGGUUCUUCUUUGUUUGGAAAAAGUAUCGAUGAAUGGAAAAAUGGAUUAGAGAUGCUUAAAGAACAUUUCGAGCCAGCUAUUACCCGGGUACUAAAAGUAAGUUAUGAUGGACUCCAAGAGUCCAUGCAAGAAAUAUUUAAAGAUAUUGCAUGCUUCUUUAAUCAUGAGGAUAGAGAUCAUGUAGUAAAAAUACUAAAUGAACUUGGCCGAUAUCCCCUUAUUGGAUUGAGCAAUCUCAUUGACAAAUCUCUCUUGACAAUUUCUGAAAAUAAUGUAUUGUGUAUGCAUGAUUUAGUAAGAGAUAUGUGUAGAAACAUAGUUUAUCAGAAGUCCCCUAAUGAGCCUGGGAAGCGGAGUAGACUGUGGGAUCAUAAGGACAUUAAUCAUGUGUUGAAAAAAAAUACGGGAACAGAAGAAGUUCAAGCCAUAGAUUUCAAGGGAGCCAAGGAUACAAGUAUUUAUCAUGAAGAAAAAGAGGCUUGUUGGGGGUGGGUCCUAAGUGCUCUGCCUUGGGAAGGGCUUGCUCUAUUGGUUACUCUUCGGGAAUGGAUCCAAUGGACUCUAUCUUCGCGAGGUUUCACAUCAUCAAAAAAACAAAAAGGGCCACUUUGGAACCCUAACACCUUUUUGAAGAUGCCCAAUAUUAAAUUUAUGAGUGAAACAGCUAUAGAGGAGCUGCCUUCAUCAGUUGAAUUUUUGAUUGGCCUUACUUUAUUGAAUCUAAACUUUUGCAAAAAUUUUGUGCUUCUUCCAAGCACCAUUUGUAGCUUGAAGUCACUAGAAAGCAUUUAUCUUUGGAGAUGCUCAAAAUUUGACAAAUUGCCACGAGACUUGGGGAAUAUCACAAGUCUAAAGGAGCUUGGUUUGAGUAGAACAGCUAUAAAAGAGCCGCCUUCAUCAAUUGAAUUUUUGAUUGGCCUUACUUCAUUGGAUCUAACAAAUUGCAAAAAUUUUGUGCUUCUUCCAAGCACCGUUUGUAAUUUGAAGUCACUAGAGAUAAUGUGUCUUUUUAGAUGCCCAAAAUUUGUCAACUUCCCAGAGAAUUUUGGGAAUCCCAAACAUCUGGAAUUGCUUAAUUUUGAAGGAACAGCAAUAGAAGUGUUGCCAUCUGUUCGACGUUUGGCUGCCCUUAAGAUUUUAAUCCUAAAAGAUUGCAAAAUUCUUGUGUGUCUUCCAAGCACCAUUUGUAAUUUGAAGAGGGUACAGUAUCUUGAUCUUACUGGAUGCUCAAAAAUUGCGAACUUGCUGGAGAACCGGGGGAAUAUGGAAAGCCUAACCCAUCUUCUUUUGGGUGGAACUGCUAUAAAAGAGUUACCUUUCUCCACCAUUCACCUUAAAUGGGUCUAUAUAGUAUCUUUCAAGGUAUGUCAAUUGUCAUCAUCUUCAUUGACUUCUAUGCCUACGAUCACCUCAGCCGGGUUGAUAGAUCUCAGUGACUGCAACCUUUCGGCAAUUCCAAGUGGUAUUGUCCGCAUCCUUUCGGCAAUUCCAAGCGGUAUUGACUGCAGAACGGGGAUUUUGUGUGAUUUAUCUCUAAGGGGAAAUGAUUUCGUUUUCCUUCCUGAAAGCAUCUCUCAAUUAUCUGGACUAAAACGUCUUUACUUGGAUGGUUGCAAAAGCCUUCGAUCCUUAUCAAAUAUUCGGAUUCCGUCAAAAGUUGAUCUUAUAUGCGUAAACAAUUGUACCUCACUGGAGAGACUGCCAGAACGCCCAGAACCACCAAAUGAUUUCUACUGGCUAUCAUCUGCAUUUUAUAAUAAGGAAUUCACUGUCCAGUGUUUCAACUGCUUCAAAUUGGCUUACAAUAUUCAAAACUUCAGUAACAUGUUUCAGUGUGUCCAAGAGCAAUUUCCGCCUUCCGAAAACUCCUGGCUGCUCUAUUGAUAAGAAGGGAUUCCAUCAAGAUCAAGUUGAGCUUGAAAUAGUGACCGGGGGCUUUUUGGAGGUGGAGAAAAUUGGGUUUCGUGUGAUAUAAAAGCAAGACAUUGAAGAUCCCAAUUGAGAUGUGAAAUGGAGUAUGAUGACACUUUCUUCAGUUGGUGAUGAAAUCUAGGGUUUGAAGAUCCCCAUCAAAAUAAGCGAAGCCCAUGAUGAGGAUGAUGGGGAAUUCUUUUCUUCACUUCUUUUACCUUUCCUCAUGCGGGAUUUGGAUUGGGCUUUGAAAGGCUUGUGCAAUUUGCUACAGGAAUAGAGAAUAUAAGAGACACAAUCCCUUUCCCUCAGACGCCUGGUUCAGCUGAAUUUUAAUGGAAGGCUACCAAAAACGAAAAAAGAAAAAAAGAAGGGGAUUAAUGGAGUUGGCCCCAAUCGGUUGGGACCAAUGCUUGGAUUAUCUUCUGAUGAAGUUACCAUGGAUGGCUGCUGUCUGUUGGCGCAAAAUUCUUUGUAUGCGAUGGAGUGAGUGCACAAUAGCAAUACCUGGAGCAUUGGGGUGGAGACAGUAGGGUUCCGUUUGUUAAACAAGCAAGACAUCAAAGAGACAUAGAAUUUAUGAAGUAUAUUUAAUGCUAAGGCAGUUGCUAUAUGCAUGCUGCCAUGACAAAUCAACAGCUAACAGAUAGUGGAAACCGGAUGAUGGACAAGACUGAUCAAGCCAUUGGAGGUCAUAAAAGACUGUUCAAGACACCAUCAACGUUGGAACAGAAACUGCAGCUGCACUCAAGGAUCAGACUGAACAAAUGAGUCAGGCUGUUAAGUGUUAAUGAGCUGGACUAUCCAUUUCUCGAUCAAGAAAGCUUCUCAACUUGUGAAGGAACUUGGUAGGCAGGUUGCAACUGAUAGGUGUAUUAUGGCAUUACUCUUCCUAAUUAUUGCCAUUGGAGUCAUAGCUAUCAUUAUUGUAAAGGAGGGACAAUCAUGGCACGGGGAUUGAGGUCCCUAUUGAGGUGGAAAAAAGGAUGCAUAUUUAUUACAUUCGGAACAGAGGGUUUGGUAACAGAUUUAAUGUGUUGGGUGAUGACAAUCAUGGCACUCCGAAUGACUUAACGCAAUGACCCAGAAAUCAAGAAGGCAUGUGACUCAUACAGUGAUCAUUUUGGACAGUUCAUCAAACUGAUAUUCUAUGGCAUCCAAAAGGUAUCAUGAUUAUGCAUGAACAGCAAAACAGUCUCUUAUUAAUUUGUCGUUGAACUUGGGAUUAUUACUACAAAUUUUCAACUUGAGUCAAAGGGAUGUCCUAAUUAUUGCAUUGGAGAUCUUAAACCGAAAUCUCAAAUUGUAUUUAGGAGCAGUACUAGUAGAAGUUGGCUGUACAAAGUCAAAGCUUGUGUGCUUGCAUUUAUAGUUACUUGAUGUGAAGAGUGUGGAAGGAAGAAAAGAAGAAAAAUGUGUGAAAUAAAAGGAAAGGCCAUUCGGCCAUGGGUCUCCAGUUUCUACAUGACCACAUUCAUUUUUUUCUAAA